GAGAGGCAGGUGCCAGAGUCCGGAAGGACUACAAGCCCCAGCGGGAGACCGAGGAGAGCACACCGGACGGACGAGCCGGCGUCGCUAGUGCCGGGACCAGGAGCCUCCGCGAGCAACAUGGCCGCUCCCGAGACCGAGGCCGGGGGGCGCGGGCACUAAGUCCGGACCCGCGCGCCUUCCUCCCGCCGCUGGCGCCCCCACGAAGACCUCGCGCUUCUAGCCAACAAGUCCACAUGGAUUAUUCUCGCUGUGGUCGCGAGGCCGUGCCAACAGAGCCUUAGUGGGCCCAGGGAGAGAACUCUGGCGUUUCGCUGCUCUGAGCUGGAACCUCAGGGAGGUCUGCUGCAACAGGUGCGACACUCGCUGACUGCUCCAUGCUAGCGGGCGCGGGGAGGCUUGGCCUCCCCCGGGGCGGCCACCUCUGCUGGCUGCUGUGUGCUUUCACCUUAAAGCUCUGCGAAGCAGAGGCUCCGGUGCGCGAGGAGAAGCUGUCAGUGAGCACCUCAACUGCGCCAUGUUGGCUGGUGGAAGAGUUCGUGGUGACCGAAGAGUGUACUCCGUGUUCUAACUUCCAGAUUAAAACGACGCCUGAGUGUGGUUCUACAGGGUAUGUGGAGAAAAUCACAUGCAGCUCAUCUAAAAGGAAUGAAUUCAGAAGCUGCCGUUCAGCUCUGAUGGAACGUCGCCUGUUCUGGAAGUUUGAAGGCACCGUGGUGGGUGUGGCUCUACUCUUCGCUUGCCUUGUCAUCCUUCGUCAGCGACAACUGGAUAGAAAGGCUCUUGAGAAAGUCCGGAAGCAAAUCGAGUCCAUAUAGCUGAAUUCCACUGUAUUAUGCUGGGUCUUGCAGACUGUAUCUCAGAUGGAGAAGCUUCAGUGGCUAAUUUGCACUCGUAAGCCUGUGGUGGUAGCACCUUUCCCUGACUUCCUCUUCCAGACCACCGAUGAGUACAAUAAAAAGUAAAACAGA